UCAAGCGAAUUGCAGCAUUCGGUGGUGUCUGUGCUAACGCGCGCUAGCGUAAAUAUUGAUGUGUAUUUUUUUUCAAAAAUAUAUUUUUUUAUUCAACAAUUUCAUUCAUCUUACUUGAAUAUUAAUAGUGAAAGAAUAAGAUUAAUGAGUAAUACUCCUGAGAAGAUAAAUCUACCUUCGUAUUGUCUGUGAGCGCGGUGAGCGCGACUGGUGGCGGCGUGGUCUCCGCGGAGUCGCAGUGUGCGCUGGCGCAACUGGUCGACAUGGUGCAGGAAGGGGAGGCAGGCGCGGGCGAUGGCCUGAUCGCGCCGCGCCGUUUACCGAAUCCCUAUCUCGAAAGCCCACAGCGCAUGGAUUUGCAUAGAGAAUUGCUCUUCAAUCAGAGGAUAGGAAAAAAUGUUCUUAAUCAAAAGAGCGAACUACAAAAGGCGCUUUCGAAACACAAAGAAAAGCAGAUUAUGAAUCAAGUGAAAGAACACAAGGAGACUCCAGAACUAGAACGAGCUAUAGCAGAAAGGGCACGUCGGCUGGAGCAGGCAGAACAAAGCACGGAGGAGGUGGAGACCGGCACCAACCCCACGCUGCAGGAGGUGCGCGCGCGUCUUCGACACGCAGCGCCAUCUCCCGCCGCCGGAGCGCAUUAAAACUGAAUUGUUUCCAUAUCGUAUAGCCACGAUCACGUGAGCCUACUAUCUCUUUAGUUAAACCAACGAAACACAGAUGGCGUUAUAUGCGCUUUAAUUUUGAAUCUGUAGAUUGUCCUUCGGUGAUCAUAAUAACAUUUCAUAAUUCUUUAAAACAGAAUUGAAUUACUUAGGUAACUAUAUGUUUGAAGAAAAGUAUUUUUUUAUGUAUUGUGUUUAGCGUGGGAGACUCAAUUUGAUAAUAAAGCUUAUAAAUCCUUAAGGUAACGCAUUCAUAAACGUGAGACAGGUGCCACAUGUGGUAUGAAGUGGAAAGAAAAUUAUGAAAUAAAGGGUAUUUUCGCAUAAAACUGUGGUGUGGUGUGAGCAAUGAGCAAGUGUUUGUGUGUGAAUGGUGUGCUUUGAUCGCCAAAGCUUGUAUCGUUAUUUUAUUUUGUAAGAUAAUUUUAUUAAGGCUUUAAUCUUUUUGUCAUCGAAUGUCACUGAAAGUGUCACAAAAUAAUCGAUAUAUAUAAGUUAUUGUACAGUUAUUUCAAAUCACGUAAUGUCAUGAAUCAUUUUUGAAAUUGAUAUGGUCGGAAAGGAACUUUUUAAGUCCCUAGCUUAUUUUUCACCUGCCAGUUAAAAUUCAGGAUUAUUACUUUUUUAGGGGUCUUUUUCGUUCAUUGAUUAAAAUUACUUACUUGUUUUUAUCAACGAUUAUUAUUAAUAUUAUUAAUAAUGAUAUUGAUGAACGAACGAUCGAACAAUCAUUGACUGAGGUAUCGACUGCGCGAGAUUUAAUAAUAAGGGUAAAUGUCGACUUCGAGCAAGAGAAAAAAUAUUUUUCUAAACUUUUUAAAGUCACAAACAUUUCGUCGUAGAGUUCAUUUGUAAACUUUUACUGUUCUCGUUAACCUCUGUAAUAUUUGUCUAAUGUAAACAUAUUUCGAGGUAGCAGCACUAUUAAACGUUAUCUUUUCAACCGCUGUAAGCUAUAUAAAUAUUUAUAUAAAACUGACUCAAAUGUGUUCAGAAUCUUUCAAACUUGAAGAAGUUAGGAAAUGUAAAAAGAUCACAAUCCUAAAAAGAAGGAUGCGACGUGUAUUUACACAAGAUUAUUUCACAAUUAAUAAUGGAUAAAAUUUAAAUGAUGAGUUUUGUAGUGCUGCAUUUUCCCGAUCAAAAUUUAUAUCUUAAGAGGUAAUUAGAGAAAAAUUAACUACUUAACUGUAGAACGUAGAUAGAUGUUGGCAAUUAUAGAAUGUAUGACUUAGAAUUUAUAACAUAACAUAUAUUCAUAUUCUAUCGACAAAGUAGAAAUCUUAUGAAAGUUAGCGUGGAUAAGUGUGAUUUAACAAUAUAGAGAUAUCCCAUGUACCCUGUUCUAUUAUUUUGUCCUCGUGAAUCUUUAGGGUUGGUUGUUUAUUACAUAAGAUUAUAGUUCAAUUGAUCAAAGCAUUAUAAGUAAAUUAAUCUAAUAUAAAUCAAAAUAAAGGAGUGAAAUAACAUAUUCAUUGAUAUUCAUAUUAUAAUCAACUUAGAAUUGAAAUGCUGGAAUCAUGAUUGCGAAAAUCUUUCUUUAGCCAUUUCUUUUUCGAAGUCGCGGAUACCAACAACAUAGUUCUUAAUGAAAUCUUAUGUAAUAAUUGACCGUCCCUCUCCGAGUGUUGCACCAAAUCAGCUGACCAACAUGUUCGAAUUUGAAGUGUUCAUAAACGUGAUAGAUGAGAAAUAUUUUUGUAAUUUUAUGUAAUAUCUGUAGUUACAAACAGUGAUACAAAGUCUAAUAGGUAAUCUUUAGGAACCCCAUGAACAUUACAAUAAUGUAGUAAUUAUUGAGUCACUAUUUUGCCAUUAUUUAUGCGGCGUUCUAAAUUAGACAUCAAAAUCUUCUGAUGAAAACCUUCGUUUGCUUUUCAAGUAAAACGAAACAUGAGUUUUGCGGCUAUAAUAAAGUUUGGUGUCUUAAAAGAUCGCAGUAAGGUUUUUUUAAAGUAAAGGGUAACUAGAGUUCCAAAGAAUGGGACCCCAUAUAUAUCUAUAUUUUUCCAAACAACAGAACUAGGCAUUUGAAACAACUUCAAUGCAGCUUAAGAAUCUCUAGAACAUUUUAUUCUUUGUACUUCUUACUUAUCUUUCUAUCUAUAAGAAGAUAAAAAUACGAGAUGGCUUAUAAUGUCCUUCAACAUUUUGCAGAAUUGCUUACAGAAAUAUUGUACAAUCUGAAAAGUUUGUAUGAAAUCAUUCUGUGCCUACGAUAAAAAGGUUUCGAUAUUGUAUGUAAAAGUGUAUUUUUGUUCUCUCCAUUGUGCCUAUUAAAUGUUGUUAUUUACUUUCAGAGUAUUAGUUAUUUACGGUUAUAAGGUAGAUUUUAUAGGAUGACGAUUCUCACAAAGAUAUGUACCAAAAUUGCACAUAAAAAUCAUUCCACUUGUUAUUCUUUCACUUGAGCAUUUAAUUUAUGUAAUUCAUGAGGUUUUGUUUUAAGAUUAUUGUUAAGUUGUAUUGUACAAAGUGGCAUCUUCUGUGAAGUUAUGUUUGUGCUUCAAGCCUCUUGAAGCUGUAAUUAAAGUGGCCAUUUAUUUGGAUAAUAUGUGUAUUAAAUAUAUUUUAAGUAAUGUACUCCUUGCAAUAAAUGAUUGACCGUGAACUGUACCAGAAAUUGAUAAGUUGCAUAGACAAAUAAAAUGUUUUAGCAUCAAAA